UUGUAUUCCGGCAUGCAAUUUUAAAUCGUCGAGUCGAGUUUGGGAAUCGGAAAUUUCCAUAAUAAUUUGAUUAGCAAACUUGAAAUUUGUUCAAAAUACAGCCACUGAAGCGUGGCCUCGUCCAAUUUGAGGAAAAGUCCGGAUGACUGCCCGAGCGUGAGCCAGAAAUAAUGGAGAACGACUCGUUCGGAAAGGACAGAGCGGCUGCCGACUUUGUGCAGCAAAUCAACUCAAAAAACGCUAAGUUGCUGGCUUUGGUCGUUGUCCUCGGCUUCAUCAGUUAUCAUGGAAUUCUGCAUCUGCAAUAUGGGAUUGAUUCCUGCAAGUGGCUGCUCUCGGACGGAAGUUACAAAGGGGACACCGAAUGGCAACCGUACGGCUGUAUGAUGCACAAAUACACUUUGACGGACACACGGCGGUGCUUCCGUUACUUGGCCUUUCUGGGUCGGCACAACCAUUUCGUCUUUGUGGGCGACUCAAGGAUCCGUCAGCUGUAUGAAGCAUUUUUGAAGCAAUUGGACUCUAAAACUUCAUCCUCCUUACUGUACGAAGCCAAGCCCGAGAGUCACGCACACACCGACCUCUCUUUCGGGGACGCCCAACUCAGACUCAAAGUCCAGUUCAUCUGGAGCCCUGUCGUUAACAAGCACAUGUCUGAAAGCUUCAACGACUGGAAGCAAAGCGGUCAUCCACCUAGUGUGAUCGUAGCGGGCGGGGCCACCUGGUCCAUCAAGGAGUCAAACGGAUCUCAAGUUGCUCUUGUCGAAUACUCUAAAAAUUUGACUACUUUAGUUCAGGCAAUAGACUACAUGUCAAAGAGGCACUCGAGAGUUUUGUGGACUCUGCAGGAGCCUGUCAACUCGGCCAAACUUUACCCAACACGCUCGAUGAUAACAAAUGACCAGAUCGAUCUCUAUAACAAAGCAGCCAUUGAAAUCCUCCAGCACAGUAAAGCUGAGUUGUGGUCCAGCUCUCGUUUGGUGGCGCAGGGAAAUUUGGAUGAGAGUGACGACGGCUUGCAUCUGAGCCCUUUGGUGCUCAAGCAUGACACGCAGAUUCUGCUCAACAUGUACUGUAAUGACCACAUGAACUUCAACGACGGCACUUGCUGCAGUUCAGCAGAGAGUUCGACGACCCUGCAGAUUGUAACUUUUUCGGCAUUGGGAGUUUGUUGUGUCACUGCUAUUGUGGUGGGACUAAGGAUGAAGUACCAACGAUGGAGCAAAAGUGGCGUCCAAUAUUCCAGAGUUCAGACUGACGAACACCAAGUGAUGGAGAAUAAAGACGAUUUCACAGAAAUCGUGACCGCCCUGGCAAAACUUGCAGUCAUCAUGGGCUACUUUUAUCUCUGUGACAGGACAAACUUUUUUAUGAAAGAAAAUAAGUACUUCACCCAAGUCAGUUUCUGGCUGCCGGUCGGCUACAUUUUUGCUCUUGGAUUAUUUUUCACUGAGGACUCACGAUACACCAAAGUUCUUCACAGAGACCAAACCGACGAAUGGAAAGGUUGGAUGCAACUUGUGAUUUUGGUUUACCAUCUGACGGGAGCUAGUGGAAUUUUGCCUAUUUAUAUGCACAUUAGAGUAAUGGUUUCCUCGUACUUGUUCCUCUCUGGCUACGGACAUUUCAGCUACUUUUGGCACAGAGGUGAUGCCAGUUUGGUCAGACUUUUGCAGGUCCUAUUCAGACUCAACUUUCUGACGGUUGUGCUGUGUCUGAUAAUGAACAGACCAUAUCAAUUCUACUAUUUUGUGCCUCUCAUCUCAUUUUGGUUUGUGAUGCUCUACGUCGUUUUGGCUUUGCCGCCGCACAUAACAGCCACAACGACAGAACACAACCCCUUGCACUACUUUUAUUUAGUAAUCAAACUUGUGGGUCUGUUCAGCGUCAUCACCAUACUGUACAUGUCAGAGGUUUUCUUUGAAAAAGUUUUUGUGACCAGACCAUGGAAAGCACUUUUUGUGACUACAGAUGAUGACAUUCACGAAUGGUGGUUUAGAUGGAAGCUUGAUAGAUACAGUAUGUCUUUCGGCUGUGUGUUUGCGUUUGCAUUUCUUCUUGCGCAGAGACUCAAUUUGUUUGACGACAACAACCACAGCAACCUUUUCUCCCCUGGUAUUGCCCUCUCAGCCACUCUGGCCUCUCUAGUUGGCAUUGGAGGUUUCACUACAUUUUCAUUUCUGUGCCGAAACAAGCAGGAGUGCAACGAAAUCCACUCUUACACAGUAUUUGUGCCGAUUGUCAGUUACAUUGUGCUUCGAAAUGUGUCGGGUGCACUCAGGACCCGCUACUCCUCAUUCUUUGCGUGGUUUGGUAGGAUUGCCCUGGAACUUUUUGUGUGUCAGUCCCAUGUGUGGCUGGCAGCCGACACUCACGGAGUCCUCGUCCUGCUGCCUGGUUACCCUGUCCUUAACUCUCUAAUCACCAGCUUUGUAUUUGUGUGCGCCUCCCAUGAACUGCACAGUUUGACAAAAAUUCUGACACCCUAUGCAGUGCCCAACGACUGGAAACUUGCCCUCAGAAAUGUGGCCCUUUUCCUUGUGGUUUUGGUGCCAAUUGGAAUCAGAGACGGAAUGUUCUAAGUUGAUUUGACGAGAGUGUAUUUUGCAUUUAGUUAAUUCCUUUUAAGCAGCACAUGAGAAUGUUGAAAAAUUGUGCCAUAGAAAAAUUAAAAUACGUAAACUGUUUGAUAAAUCUAGUCAAAUUUGUAGAAAUUUGAUCUGAAAGUGCAUAAACUGGGAAAAAUUUAAAUCAAUUAAUUUGCGCAAAUAUGACUUUUUAUCGAGUGGAUAAAAAUAUGCACAAUUUUUUCAUGUUAAAAUAAUUCUUCAAUGUACGAGGUGUAUAACCAAGACUGAGAAAUUUAUACUUUAAGCUUACUGUCACUAUAGGAGUUUACAAUUAGUCAAACUUACGUAAAAAUAUUACAUC